GUGAAUUUGCAUUAUCAUGUCAAGGCCUGUUGAGAGAAUAGCAGAGAUCAAUGAUGGAAAAGAGCUUUGGAAGAUUGUUGUUAGGAUUCACCACCGAUGGAAAGUUGUCUCCAACAGCAAGGAACAUUUUGAAAUGAUCUUUGUUGACAAAUUGGGAGAUGAUAUUCAUGCUGUUGUUCCAGCACCGCAUGUGUCGGUUUUCACCGAAAAAUGCUUAUUAGGCCAUACUUAUACUGUAUCUAAUUUUAAGGUGGUGCCUUAUGUUCUGGCCUUCAGGGCAUCGGGACACAGAUAUAUGAUAAAGUUUACUGCUGGAACGUCUGUUCUUGAUGAAGACAAACAUGAGAUACCCGCGAAAUCGAUUUUAUUUACAAGUUUUUCAGACAUCAUAACAGGGAGGUUUGACAAACAUGUUCUGAUUCGUGAGUAUGGUUUUUGGUUUUUUUAUUGUCUCAUGUUUUGA